GAAUAAAAUUUACUGUGAGAAGUGAAAAGAGAGCAAGUGGGGUCAGAGGUACAAGUUUUUCGCAGGCAAUUCCAUGUGCCGACUUGGAUUAUUGGCGAUUUUCCGGAGAGAAACACGAACAACAUCAUCAUCAAAUUAUGUCUAAUCUACUAUAAUACAUUUUUCGUUGCACAAUAGUUAAAAAUCACAAAAGAUAGAGUGAAGAAUGAUGCAAAAGAGUGAUGGGUUUGUGAGAGCUGAUCAAAUUGAUUUGAAGAGCAUUGAUGAACAACUUGAGAGGCAUCUCAAUAAGGCAUUAGCUAUGGAUAAGAUGAAGCAAAAAGAAGAAGAUGAUUCUUCUUCUUCUUCUGAUCAGUCAAAAUCUAUUGCCCCUUGUGUUAAAUUCAAAACUCUAACACCUUCUCAUGCUUCUUCUACUGUCUUCAACAACAAGCUAAGACAAGACUGGGAAAUUGACCCUUCUAACCUUAUUAUUAAGAGUGUCAUAGCUCGUGGUACUUUUGGUACGGUUCACCGUGGUGUCUAUGAUGCUCAAGAUGUAGCUGUGAAAAUGUUGGACUGGGGUGAAGAAGGGCACAGGACAGAAGCUGAAAUUGCUGCACUGAGGUCGGCGUUCACGCAAGAAGUUGUUGUUUGGCAUAAACUUGAUCAUCCUAAUGUCACUAAGUUUAUAGGUGCAACAAUGGGGUCUUCUGAAUUACAGAUACAAACUGACAAUGGUCUAAUUGGCAUGCCAAGCAAUAUCUGCUGUGUGGUUGUAGAGUACCUUGCUGGAGGUGCACUGAAAUCUUUCUUAAUAAAGAAUAGGAGGAGGAAGUUAGCUUUUAAGGUUGUCAUCCAACUAGCACUUGAUCUUGCAAGAGGGCUGAAUUAUCUCCACUCUCAGAAGAUUGUCCACAGAGAUGUAAAGACUGAGAACAUGCUGUUGGAUAAGACACGUACGGUUAAAAUUGCUGAUUUUGGUGUUGCACGUGUUGAAGCUUCAAAUCCUAAUGACAUGACCGGGGAGACUGGUACACUUGGAUACAUGGCUCCUGAGGUUCUAAAUGGCAACCCCUAUAACAGGAAAUGUGAUGUAUAUAGUUUUGGAAUCUGUUUAUGGGAAAUAUAUUGUUGUGACAUGCCAUAUCCUGACCUAAGUUUCUCAGAGAUUACUUCAGCCGUUGUUCGUCAGAAUGUUAGACCAGAAAUGCCAAGAUGUUGUCCAAGUUCUCUGGUAAAUGUAAUGAAGAAAUGCUGGGAUGCAAAUCCUGAUAAGCGACCUGAAAUGGACGAGGUAGUUGCGAUGCUGGAGGCUAUUGACACAUCCAAAGGUGGAGGUAUGAUCCCUGUUGAUCAGCAGCAUGGUUGUCUAUGCUUCCGUAAGCGGAGAGGGCCUUGAACAAUUAAGGAAUCAAUGUGUAUCUUUGGGGAGAAAACAGACAUGAUUUGGAUGCCAAGAUGAGAGAACUAUACAGUAGAGGGAACAAGAAGGAGGUGAUGAAAUUAUGUCAAUUCUUAUGUUAAUCCACAGCUCACAUCGUUGUAAGAUUUUCAUGAUACUGUUGUAAUCAUGAUUGUUGGUAUUAAAUUGGAUCUAUUUGCUAGACAUUCUCUUA